UGAGAUACUGUGUAUUUUAAACAGUGAGAUCGUAUAGAUUGGUUUUUGAGGCGAUAUUUUGCAAUAUCAGUUUAUUUAUUUGACCCUAUUGACUUGAACCUAAGAGUUAAGUAAAUUCGACCCAAAUUUGAUAAUUGUGAUACCUAGAGAAUUCAGUUGGUGCAGAUCUUUGGGACUGAGAGAUAGUGUAUUUGUGUUAAAUGAAAGUUUGAAAAUUACAGUUUGUUUUGAUUUGGGGAUAUUUGAGACAUCAUCAAGAUGAAUAAAGCUCUGAUCUUCCUACUAGUAACACUAGCAGUACUCGCGUUAACAGAAGCCAGGUCUUGUGGUUCCCGUUCACGAUGUGACCAGUGUUGUAAAAGCAGAUGUGGCAAAGGUGGCUCCGAUUCUGAUUCAUCAUCAUCCUCUGACUCUUCAUCGUCGUCGUCAUCGUCAUCUUCGUCAUCAUCCUCAUCAUCAUCCUCUUCCGAAGAGGAUGACAGAGGAUGCGCGUGCUGUGGAUGUUGUGAUGGCGGAAGAAGAAAACAUAAGGAUUCUUCAUCUUCCUCGUCUUCAUCAUCUUCUUCGUCGUCCUCAUCAUCAUCCUCCUCUUCUGAGGAAGACGAUCCACAGUGGUCUUACAACUGUAUUUACGAGGUUCAGCCAACUGAUACUAUUUUACGGCGAGUGACUUCUUGCCGUCGUCAACAACCCCCUAGAGCCAAAGAAGUCCAAACAUUUCAAGACCCGAUGUGGUGGACCAAAAAGCUAAAGUUUGUGCAACAAGUCGCAACAGCCGGACAGACAGUUUUCAGUAGAAUCAAGCAGUAGAGGUACCAGUGUUAAAUAAUUUGUUAUGUUAAUGUUAAACUGUGAUUAAUGUUAUACCAAAAAUGUGUGCAAUAAAAAUGUUUUAUUA